GAGGACGAUACCAGCCACCCCCCUGCCCGACUCACAUGACUGUGAUUAGAGCAGAGGAGGAGUGUGGUGGGACAGAGAGAGGGAGAGAUGGUGAGCACGACGAUGAAUGACAUUUUUCUGAUUUUGGCGCAUAGAUCAUAGCCAGGAAUCCAACUUGCCUUUGAUUGCUGGCCCGGGGCCUUCCACUUCUGUUGGUUGCAGGUAUGAGGCUGCUACACUGGUGCAUGCUGGGAGGGACCGUGCUGCUGCUGAUGUGUGAGGUCGCCAUCAGUCAGCUGUGUAAAUCCCUCAUCACCCUGGUAGAUGGUUUCCACACGCUCUUCCUCCUCAUGCACAUGGCUCUUCCUCUCCAUCAGACCGCAAUCAAAUCUCUGAUCUCCUCGCUGGACUCCUCUGCAUCUCCUCCACCUGUUUCUUCCUCUUCACCAGAUUCAUCCAUCACAUCUCCAGCUGCCAUCCAGACCAACACCGAAGCAUCAACCAUCCCAGAUCAGAGCAAACAUGAGGCAGCUACACUGGUCAACCACACCUCCCCUCCAGGAGCUCCAGCCUGUGGUCUGUCCUACCCCAGCAGCAGGAUCCUGGCUGUGGGGGCUUUCAUCUCCGCCCUCCUGCUGGCCUCUCUGUGUACGUCCUACCUAAUGGAAAUCGUCAACUUCUGUCUGGACCCACACCCAGUGCAGCGCCCCCUGCUGCUGGUGGUGGUCGGAGCUGCCAGUUUGUUCCACAAGAUGCUGGUGUUUUGGCUGAACUGGGAUCAGCUGCAGGAUGAGAGGCUGGUAGGCAGCAGGCAGCUGGAGACUAAAUCUCACAUUCAAGUGAACCACGAAGCCUUGGCUGAAGAGGAAUCCAUAGGCCGGGAGGAAUCCCAAGACAUCGGCCAAUCGCUAGUCCUGUCUGCUGUGGACGACUCGCUCCACAGUGGGGCGUUUGUCCUCUGUAAUCCAGGACCCUCCAGAGCUCCUGACACCGACUUCCAAACUCCACAUCAACAACCUGAAGUCCACCUGCAUGACUGUGAAGAAGGGAGCGGCGCUGAAGAUCUGAAGGCUUUCAAGUGUGAGAGUUCUUCAACAGACGUCACGGAGAGACAGAAAUACAACAUCUGCUGGGGACACAUUGACAGUCAAAAUGCAUCUAAAACCUCCCCAACCUGCAAGUCAUCACGUCACACUGAGAGACCUGAAGCAAGCAGACAGCGGCCAGUCUGCCUCCCGUCGUUCGUUUUCGCCAUUCGGGGACUUUUUACGUCUCUUCUGGCUCUGAUCAACAGCCUGGUGAUGCUGCUGAUUGCCCCACGGUUCCUGCACAGCUCUGGAGCUUGUAACGUCCUGGUUUACCUGGAUCCGGGCCUCUCUCUGCUGGCUGUGAUCACACUGCUUGCCACAACUCUGCCACAGGUGUAUCGCUAUGGACUGCUGCUGCUACAGGCCUCACCUCCACAGAUUUGUGUGUCUGAUCUUGGACGGAAGAUUGCGAGUGUUCCUGGAGUGCAGGCUGUGCACGACCUCCACAUCUGGCAGCUGACCGAGUCCCUCCUGGUGGCUUCUGUCCAUGUGCACUGCUACGCUGGGCUUCCUGCACACAGGUGUGCUGAUCUGCUGUCGGGGGUCACUAAAGUGCUUCAGAGUGUUGGAGUGACUUGCUGCACCGUUCAGCCAGAGUUUGCCUCCUGCUCUGGUUUUUCUGCAGGCGGCAGCAGUGAUGCCUCCCUCGUUAUCCACAGAGAGGACCCCUCCCCGCCUCCUCCCCUGGCCUGCAGCCUCGCCUGUGGAAAGGCCUGUGCUGGGAGUAUGUGCUGCUCUCUGCUGAAGGAGGAGACCAGGAACCUUCUAGCACCACCGUCUGGGGAAACAAGGGAAGAGCCUCAGACUCUGGUCAUCGAGAACACCUUCCUCUGACUGUCAGUUUCAACCAAAGAAAUCACUCUGCUAGUCUGGCAGCCAAAGGUUGUGGCCCCCUAUCUAAAGCAAUGAUAUUUUGACCAAGAUUUGUGUUUUGCUGUACUGUCUUUGCUGUACUGUUGCUAUGUUAAGUACCAAUAGGGCCACCAUUAUGCCAUAAAUCCCAUGAGUUUGGACCUUUGGCUGCCAGAGUAUGGGGCAGAAAAAGUGAAUAAAAUAUCAGAUCUAUGUGAAUGCGAAGAUGAAGAUGGAGAAAGUUGGGGGGAACUAACUCAUUGUAUCUCUUUUUAAGCAUUUUUCUAGUUUUGUGACAUUACCAAGGUGCUACUCCAAACAUUUGUGUGCAAUGUCAAGUAAAAAUAUGUGAAAAUUAA